GUUUCUCCCUAAUAGCCACCGAGGAUGAUAGAAGAAUGCAAUCAAGCAAGUCUGUUGUGGCAAUUCACAGCUGCUAUCUCUGAGUGACGACCGAGGGCCUCUGACCAGCUUUACUACUAGUUUUUGAUGCGGUUGAAGCUCUUCUAGACCUCGGACUAGCGUUUGCGGAUUCGCCAUCUUAAAUCGCUCUUAGGAUAGACAAUCUUCAUCUUCUUGCUCGCUGAUUUCUGUGCUUCUGAAGGCCCACAGCCGUGUGCUUGCCCAGAAUGUCUGAGUCCGACCCUCUACUGCCGAAUACCGCAGUGCCACACCGCUCUCUUCGAAACCGAAUGCUAGGUGUCUUUCGCGGCCCCGACCAAGACGUAGCGGGUGAAAGUAUACAUCAGGGUCAGGUCGGAGGAGGGUCUUCUCAGGAAGAUGCAGAUGCUAGGGCUCGGCUGCUGGAAUCAUACUACCACCAUGACCCUGCGUGUGGUGCAAAGUCCUGUAACCAUGGGACAUUCUCUCCACGGCCCGAGGAUGGGGGUGAGAGCAUAAGCUCGCAGCAAGGGUUUACAUAUACCAGGCGAAUUCGUCCUGCGCGCGACGCUUCCAAUAUAUAUCGCUAUACUGGGAGCCAUCCGGAAUCUGUGGAAAGCUCCGGGAGUUCUUUCUUGUCUCAGCCCCGGAAAGACCGGAAGAAGUUAUACCUGUCGUAUUACAUCCCUUUCCUUAAUUGGAUCGGUCAAUACCGCUGGUCAUUUUUUCGGGGAGAUCUUGUCGCAGCAAUCACGAUUGCAUCGAUUUACAUUCCAAUGGCAUUAUCGCUCGCGGCAAAUCUAGCUCAUGCUCCUCCGAUCAAUGGACUUUAUUCCUUUGUGAUCAAUCCUCUUAUUUAUGCGAUUCUUGGAAGUAGUCCGUUACUGGUUGUCGGGCCUGAGGCGGCAGGUUCCUUACUUGUGGGAACUAUCGUCAAGACAAGUGUCAAACAAGGCCACGCGGGUGAGGAUGACGAUGCUGCGAAUGCGGCUGUUGUGGGUGUGGCUACCGCUAUGGCUGGAGCCAUGAUCUUGAUUGCGGGCAUUACUCGACUUGGCUUUCUUGAUAACGUACUGAGCCGGCCGUUUCUUCGGGGAUUUAUCACCGCCAUUGGAUUCGUCAUCUUCGUCGAUCAACUUAUCCCGGAAUUAGGUCUCGCGGAUCUAGCUAAGGAUUCUGGGAACGUUGCUCAUGGAAGCACAGUGGAUAAACUCGUGUUUGUCGUCGAAAACAUAAGACACAGCCAUGGCCUUACCACUGCAUUGUUCGUUGGCAGCUUCGCAAUCAGCAUACUAUUCAGGUAUAUAAAGCGCUGGCUUGAACCGCGUUUUCCGCAAGUCGUUUAUUCUCCGGACCGAUUCCUUGUUGUCGUCCUCUCUGCUGUCCUGACGUACCAACUUGGCUGGGAGGAGAAGGGGGUAGAGAUCUUGGGUCCGAUGAGGAGUUCCACCAAUGGCUUCUUCCGCUUUGAAUGGCCGUUCAGCUUCUCCGGUAUGAAGCAUGUACGGACUGCGAUGAGCACAUCUUUCAUCAUCGCCCUUCUUGGAUUCUUUGAAUCCUCUGUUGCCGCGAAAGGUUUGGGCGAGGGAGCCCCUGAUGGAAUCAAGAAUCCUGUCAGUGCAAACAGAGAAAUGGUUGCAUUGGGCGUGGCGAACGUUGUUGGUGGCUGUUUCAUGGCAUUACCGGCCUUUGGUGGCUACGGAAGGAGCAAGCUCAACGCUUCAACAGGAGCACGCUCUCCCAUGAGCAGCAUUUUACUGAGCAUUAUCACCUUGGUUUCCAUCCUGGUGCUUGUGCCCUACAUGAGGUAUCUUCCGAAAGCGGUUCUUUCCUCGAUGAUCUCGGUGGUUGCCGUUUCUCUGAUCGAGGAGUGCCCCAAAGACAUAGCCUUCUUCUUGCGCCUGCGCGGCUGGACUGAGCUGGCUUUGAUGCUGCUAAUCUUCACGUCUACAAUCUUUUACUCCCUGGAACUGGGAAUCGCGCUGGGCAUUGGACUUUCCAUCCUGAUCCUCAUCCGCCACUCUACCCAACCGCGUAUUCAAAUUCUAGGCAAAGUGCCUGGCGAACCUGACCGAUUCGACAAUGCGGAGCUUCGCCCGGAGAAAGUCGUACUGAUCGAGGGUGCGCUGAUUGUCAAGAUCCCCGAGCCACUGACGUUUGCGAAUACCGGUGAUCUAAAGAAUCGGCUCCGUCGUCUGGAACUUUACGGAUCCAACCACACGCAUCCCUCUCUGCCACGCGUGCGCGACCCCGAGCACAAUAAGAACAUGAUUUUCGAUGUCCAUGGUGUGACUAGCAUUGACGGUUCCGGUGCACAGGUCUUGUCGGAGAUCGUGGAUGAUUACUCCCGCCAGGGCGUCAGGGUGUUUUUCUGUCGCGUGCCCAAUGACAGCGUCAUGCGCAUGUUCGAGCGUAGCGGGAUCGUGAAGUUCUGCGGCGGGGAGGAACAUUUUGUCCCAUCUGUCGAGGAGGCAUUACAGCUGGCCGAGUCGGAAACUCAAACGUUGGAAAUUUGACCCUUGACCUCUGUCUGACCUCAUCCCGGCUCUUCCUUUCUGGUUUCGGUUCUGUUUGGAGAGACCGAGACUCCCUAUGAAUGAUGUAUACAUGAGUGAUGUAGUAAUUAUUUUUUUUGGACACCUGCUAUCUUUAUGAAGCUGAAUGUUUUAACCUUUUUUCUUUCUCUUCAUUUCUCUCCGAGUAUUAUGACUUUUUAGUUAUGCCCAUACUAUUAACAUAACAUAUAUACCCACUUCCAGAU